AUGUGGGAGGAGGAUAGAAGCAUGUGGGAGGAGGAUAGAAGCAUGUGGGAGGAGGAUAGAAGCAUGUGGGAGGAGGAUAGAAGCAUGUGGGAGGAGGAUAGAAGCAUGUGGGAGGAGGAUAGAAGCAUGUGGGAGGAGGAUAGAAGCAUGUGGGAGGAGGAUAGAAGCAUGUGGGAGGAGGAUAGAAGCAUGUGGGAGGAGGAUAGAAGCAUGUGGGAGGAGGAUAGAAGCAUGUGGGAGGAGGAUAGAAGCAUGUGGGAGGAGGAUAGAAGCAUGUGGGAGGAGGAUAGAAGCAUGUGGGAGGAGGAUAGAAGCAUGUGGGAGGAGGACAGAAGCAUGUGGGAGGAGGACAGAAGCAUGUGGGAGGAGGACAGAAGCAUGUGGGAGGAGGACAGAAGCAUGUGGGAGGAGGACAGAAGCAUGUGGGAGGAGGACAGAAGCAUGUGGGAGGAGGACAGAAGCAUGUGGGAGGAGGACAGAAGCAUGUGGGAGGAGGACAGAAGCAUGUGGGAGGAGGACAGAAGCAUGUGGGAGGAGGACAGAAGCAUGUGGGAGGAGGACAGAAGCAUGUGGGAGGAGGACAGAAGCAUGUGGGAGGAGGACAGAAGCAUGUGGGAGGAGGACAGAAGCAUGUGGGAGGAGGACAGAAGCAUGUGGGAGGAGGACAGAAGCAUGUGGGAGGAGGACAGAAGCAUGUGGGAGGAGGACAGAAGCAUGUGGGAGGAGGACAGAAGCAUGUGGGAGGAGGACAGAAGCAUGUGGGAGGAGGACAGAAGCAUGUGGGAGGAGGACAGAAGCAUGUGGGAGGAGGACAGAAGCAUGUGGGAGGAGGACAGAAGCAUGUGGGAGGAGGACAGAAGCAUGUGGGAGGAGGACAGAAGCAUGUGGGAGGAGGACAGAAGCAUGUGGGAGGAGGACAGAAGCAUGUGGGAGGAGGACAGAAGCAUGUGGGAGGAGGACAGAAGCAUGUGGGAGGAGGACAGAAGCAUGUGGGAGGAGGACAGAAGCAUGUGGGAGGAGGAGCAGAAGCAUGUGGGAGGAGGACAGAAGCAUGUGGGAGGAGGACAGAAGCAUGUGGGAGGAGGACAGAAGCAUGUGGGAGGAGGACAGAAGCAUGACAGAAGCAUGUGGGAGGAGGAGAGAAGCAUGUGGGAGGAGGACAGAAGCAUGUGGGAGGAGGACAGAAGCAUGUGGGAGGAGGACAGAAGCAUGUGGGAGGAGGACAGAAGCAUGUGGGAGGAGGACAGAAGCAUGUGGGAGGAGGACAGAAGCAUGUGGGAGGAGGAGAGAAGCAUGUGGGAGGAGGACAGAAGCAUGUGGGAGGAGGACAGAAGCAUGUGGGAGGAGGACAGAAGCAUGUGGGAGGAGGAUAGAAGCAUGUGGGAGGAGGACAGAAGCAUGUGGGAGGAGGAUAGAAGCAUGUGGGAGGAGGAGAGAAGCAUGUGGGAGGAGGAUAGAAGCAUGUGGGAGGAGGAUAGAAGCAUGUGGGAGGAGGACAGAAGCAUGUGGGAGGAGGAUAGAAGCAUGUGGGAGGAGGAUAGAAGCAUGUGGGAGGAGGAUAGAAGCAUGUGGGAGGAGGACAGAAGCAUGUGGGAGGAGGAUAGAAGCAUGUGGGAGGAGGAUAGAAGCAUGUGGGAGGAGGACAGAAGCAUGUGGGAGGAGGAUAGAAGCAUGUGGGAGGAGGACAGAAGCAUGUGGGAGGAGGACAGAAGCAUGUGGGAGGAGGACAGAAGCAUGUGGGAGGAGGAGAGAAGCAUGUGGGAGGAGGAUAGAAGCAUGUGGGAGGAGGACAGAAGCAUGUGGGAGGAGGAUAGAAGCAUGUGGGAGGAGGAUAGAAGCAUGUGGGAGGAGGAUAGAAGCAUGUGGGAGGAGGAUAGAAGCAUGUGGGAGGAGGAUAGAAGCAUGUGGGAGGAGGAUAGAAGCAUGUGGGAGGAGGAUAGAAGCAUGUGGGAGGAGGAUAGAAGCAUGUGGGAGGAGGAUAGAAGCAUGUGGGAGGAGGAUAGAAGCAUGUGGGAGGAGGAUAGAAGCAUGUGGGAGGAGGAUAGAAGCAUGUGGGAGGAGGAUAGAAGCAUGUGGGAGGAGGACAGAAGCAUGUGGGAGGAGGAUAGAAGCAUGUGGGAGGAGGAUAGAAGCAUGUGGGAGGAGGAUAGAAGCAUGUGGGAGGAGGAUAGAAGCAUGUGGGAGGAGGAUAGAAGCAUGUGGGAGGAGGAUAGAAGCAUGUGGGAGGAGGACAGAAGCAUGUGGGAGGAGGAUAGAAGCAUGUGGGAGGAGGAUAGAAGCAUGUGGGAGGAGGACAGAAGCAUGUGGGAGGAGGAUAGAAGCAUGUGGGAGGAGGAUAGAAGCAUGUGGGAGGAGGAUAGAAGCAUGUGGGAGGAGGAUAGAAGCAUGUGGGAGGAGGAUAGAAGCAUGUGGGAGGAGGAUAGAAGCAUGUGGGAGGAGGAUAGAAGCAUGUGGGAGGAGGAUAGAAGCAUGUGGGAGGAGGAUAGAAGCAUGUGGGAGGAGGAUAGAAGCAUGUGGGAGGAGGAUAGAAGCAUGUGGGAGGAGGAUAGAAGCAUGUGGGAGGAGGAUAGAAGCAUGUGGGAGGAGGAUAGAAGCAUGUGGGAGGAGGACAGAAGCAUGUGGGAGGAGGAUAGAAGCAUGUGGGAGGAGGAUAGAAGCAUGUGGGAGGAGGAUAGAAGCAUGUGGGAGGAGGAUAGAAGCAUGUGGGAGGAGGAUAGAAGCAUGUGGGAGGAGGAUAGAAGCAUGUGGGAGGAGGAUAGAAGCAUGUGGGAGGAGGAUAGAAGCAUGUGGGAGGAGGAUAGAAGCAUGUGGGAGGAGGAUAGAAGCAUGUGGGAGGAGGAUAGAAGCAUGUGGGAGGAGGAUAGAAGCAUGUGGGAGGAGGAUAGAAGCAUGUGGGAGGAGGGAGGAUAG